AUGUUGAAUCAUAACCCAAAAAGAUUUGACCCAAGCACUACACCAUGUGCAAUGCCUUUUAUUAAGGACGGUGAAAUCGUAAGAGUUCCGGAUUCAACGGUUUACACAGCUGUUCAAAACAGUUUACAAAACAUUUUAGCGAAUAUCUUUAAUUCAGAAACUACAGAAAUAAAAUUACCAUAUAUAACAGAUGCUAAAGAAAUUAAAUCAAAAACGACAACAUUAUUUACGUCACUUAAUGAUUUAAUGACUUAUAUCAUUAAUAUUCCUGCACCAACUACAGCAUUUGAUCCAAACUCGACGGUUUGCAGUGUACCUUUCAUAAAUGACAGUUCAUUAAUUACUUUAAGGGAUUCGACAGUAAAUGAAUCAUUAAAGGCGUCAUUAAUGAAAAUCAUUGAUUUUAAUUCAUUCACGAAUACAUAUAAUUCAUUCAUUAAUGUUUCAUAUGCUUCUAAAGAAGGUGAGCCAAAAACUAUCGAUAAAGCGGUGUAUGAAAUAAAAGCAUCAACGACGAAAUUGAAUUCGUUAACUUUUGACGGUGAUAGUUUCGUUAAUGACAUAACAUCGGGGAAAACAAUUUUAACGAAAGAAUAUUUAAAAUCUCAUGUUAGUGAGUUCGUUGAAAUUGAAAAAGAAGGUGGAAUUAAGUUCGAUCCACUGAAUUUCAUUUUCAGCUUAGCGAAUGCGGGUGUUAGUUUCGCUGAAUGGACAACUAUACAGAGUGAAAUAAAUGCAAUAUGGACGUUUUUGGGGUCAAAAGCGGGAAUGGGUGAGCUUGUAAAUGCUGCAAGAACAUUAGGUGAAACAGGAAAUUUUGUAGAUGGUUUUAA